GCACUCGUGCAGGGCUUCUCUUGGCCCGCCCCUGGGCGGCCCCCUUCUUGUUCCGGAAGCCGGUGCCCGGUUACAGGUGCUAAGAAAUGGCGACCGGUGAUUGCGAUGUGGCGAUGGUUUCCGAGUCCGAUGUGAUGUCGGAGGCGGAGGCAGAGAGAAGAGCCGAAUCGUUUAAAGAAAUAGGAAAUGAAUUUUAUGGAAAGAAAGACUACAAUGAAGCAUACAAUCAUUACACAAAAGCAAUAGAUACCUGCCCUAAAAAUGCCAGUUACUAUGGCAAUCGAGCAGCUACUCUUAUGAUGAUGGGUAAAGUCCGGGAGGCCCUUGAAGAUGCACAGCAAGCUGUGAGGUUGGAUGAUACUUUUGUGAAGGGUCACCUGCGAGAGGGGAAAUGUCAUCUUUCCUUAGGGAAUGCAAUGGCCGCUCGCCGGUGUUUUUGUAAAGUUCUGGAACUUGAAAGUGACAACAUUCAGGCACUCACUGAGUUGAAGAAUGCAGACGCAGUAUUGGAGUAUGAAAGAAUAGCUGAAAUUGACUUUGGGAAAAGAGAUUUCAGAAAGGUUGUAUAUUGUAUGGAUCGUGCCCUUGAGUUUGCUCCUGUCUGUCACCGCUUCAAAAUCCUUAAAGCUGAAUGUUUGGCAUUACUUGGUCGCUACCCUGAUGCUCAAUCAGUGGCAAGUGAUAUUUUGCGGAUGGAUUCAACUAAUGCAGAUGCUUUGUACGUGAGGGGACUUUGCCUUUACUAUGAGGACUGUAUUGAAAAAGCUGUGCAAUUUUUUGUCCAGGCUUUAAGAAUGGCACCUGAUCAUGUAAAGGCUCGACUUGCAUGCAGGAAUGCUAAAGCAUUGCGAGCAAAGAAGGAAGAAGGGAACAGGGCUUUUAAAGAAGGAUCAUUUGACAAGGCAUUUGAACUUUACACAGAAGCUCUGAAAAUUGAUCCAAAUAACAUCAAAACUAAUGCUAAAUUGUACUGUAAUCGGGGCACAGUAGGCUCCAAGCUCAAUAAGAUGCAGCAAGCAAUAGAAGACUGCACAAAUGCAAUAAAACUUGAUGACACGUAUAUCAAGGCUUACAUGAGACGGGCACAGUGUUAUAUGGAUACAGAACAAUAUGAAGAGGCUGUAAGAGAUUAUGAGAAAAUAUACCAAACGGAAAAAACAAAAGAACAUAAGCAGCUUCUUAAGAAUGCUCAGCUUGAAUUGAAAAAGAGCAAACGAAAAGAUUAUUACAAAAUUCUUGGUGUUGACAAAACUGCUUCAGAAGAUGAAAUUAAGAAAGCCUAUAGGAAGAGAGCACUAAUGCAUCACCCAGAUAGGCACAGUGGUGCCAGUCCAGAGGUACAGAAAGAAGAAGAAAAGAAAUUCAAAGAAGUAGGAGAAGCAUUUAGUAUUCUGUCAGACCCAAAAAAGAAAGCACGUUAUGACAGCGGCCAGGAUUUGGAUGAUGACGGCAUGAACUCUGGUGAUUUUGAUGCUAAUAAUAUUUUCAAGGCAUUUUUCGGUAGCCCAGGUGGCUUUAGUUUUGAAGCAUCUGGUCCUGGGAAUUUUUUCUUCCAGUUUGGCUAAUGCACAACUUUUUGUUCAAUGUCACUGGGUGUAACUCGAGCAAAAAUAAAUAAAUACCCAUGUUUCCCUGUGUUUAAUCUAUUUAGAAGAAAAAUCUUCAAUGUUUCGGUUGAAUACCUCUUGUAUUCAUCUAAUUGUAUGUACUGUUGGGGGAAGAAAACUGUUAUCACAGGACAUGAAACUGACCUAUUAAUGCUUUGUUUUUAUAAUCAUUACAAAUAAAAAGGAUUACCUCAGUUUUUUUUAAAGUAUGCAGUCCCUUCUACUAUUGAUCUUCAGUUAGGUAAAUAAUCUUUGAACUUCUACGUAGAUGAAUAUUUCCUUCAAUGUAGAAAAUCAACUUUUUUCCUCAAGCAGCAGAUUUUUCUUCUCGGAAUGGCCAAUUUUUAAAUGAUUUCUGAAGCACAUUACUUUAUCAGUCUCUGGUCUUUCCAGGUAAUCUGCCUUGUUAAAUGAGAAAGCAGCCCAAAUAGAAUGGAUGGGGGCGAGCUUAGAUGAGAAAAUGGUUCAAUUAAAUACUUGUGUAUUAGCAAGAAGUAUGCCAUAAGUUACAUCUGUCAGUGGAGCAUCAGAACCAUCAGAUCAAAUGAGGAAAAACACUCAAGUUCUGGAAGUCGUCAGAAGUUUCAUAAUACCUUGUACUUAAUAGAUAUGUCUACAUGAGCUUAGCCCAGAAUUACACAAAUGCACAAUUAAAAUAAACCAGAAAUGUGAACCAUCACUGCAGUCAACUUCCAAUUCUAGAGCUCCAGGAAUAUCGUAUAGACAUCCCAAAAGUGAUGUAGUUAUCACAAAGGGUCUUUGCAGAUGGCAUCACUGAUUUUUUUUAUGUUCACAGCAUUAAUUUGAACUUGUGCUGGUUUAUCUGCCUUGGUCAGUGUAUGAUACGUCUAUACCUCUGCAUAUGUCAAACAAAUAUCCGGUAACUGCUCUCUGAGCAAUGAGUGCAAUGGCAGGGCUGCUUUGGUUUUUUAAAAUAAAUAUUGCACAGAGAAGCAGGAGAUUCAGAUGGUUCAGGGAGAUCUGUAGAUAUAAGUUCAUUUGCUGGAUUACCUAGUUUCUGUCUAUUAGUUGCAAAGUGGCUAAGUUUCUAAUUCUGCAGAGUACAGCUUAGAAAUGGGCCCUUCAGCUCAACUGGUUCAUGUCGACCAAGAUGCCCAUCUAAGUUAGUCCUAAUUUGCCUGCAUUUGGUCCAUAUUCCUUUCCUUUCUGUCCAGAUACCUUUUAUUGAAUGAGGUGGACUUGACAGGAGGAUAAACUUAAAACUGUGCAUUUUAUUUUAUCAAUUUGGAUCAAUUUUGCCUUUUUUCAUCUUGUUAAAUUUUUUUGUGAGAAUAUUUUAGUGAUGUGGAUAUAAGGAGGGAAAACAGCUUUAGAGACAAGUAUCUGUCUAUGUAUAUUACACUGUAGGCUUUUCACUGAAAUGUCUAAAGAAAAACAUGAUUUUAAGAAUCUGAGUUUUUUUAAUGAGAAGAAUGCCUAGGUAAGUGUUGAUCUUUCACAAAGCAUGUGUUCAAAUCUUAACCACUUAAAACAAAUGUCCUGUUCAUCAAGAUAGUAACCCUCCCAGAUAGUAAUUUAUGUCCAUGGAGUUAAGGAAAUCUCACAUCUCUUUGGCUGUCCAUUCAAUAAUUGAUUCACCAGUUACUUCUAAAUCAGGUUUAUCAAGAUUUUUUUUUCAAAUGUACCUAAUUUUAGUGCAAUUCUGCAAUAUUCCAUCUAGCUAAAAUGCAAAUGACCCAUGCUUGUUUCAUCAGUUUAACAGAUUAGGAAAUUGCAGAGUCCAUUUUAAAGUUACUAGUGGCACCUUUUUAGUUUAUAACAACUAGGUUCAUUUUCAUGUUGGCCAGUCAGCAUUCAUUCCAGGGGUAGGAUUGCACCAUUUGUCUAGACUGAGCUUUACAUAAAGCUGACAAAACAUAACAUUGUCAAUAUCUUUCCAAUUUCUACAAUGAUGUAGACCAGGAAAGAGAAUAAAACCAUUAAGACUGGUUAACGUACUCCUAGAAAAUUACAAAGAACAUUAUGAUUCAAUUGUUUGGAAUGACAAAUAGGUAAGUUAAAGUACACCUUGCAUUUAAAAAAAAACGAGGCUGGUCUAUUCAUGCAUGGUUCUAGAAAAAUGUUUGGAAUGUCUUCAACACAAUAUUUUUGAAGGUGUUCUUAAAGCACUAAAAAUGUUCUUGUAUCAACCUAAGAAAAUAGGUUGUCCAAGUCUUUCAUCACCCCCCCUCCAUAUUUUAAUGGUUUAAAAUACAAACUAUACUUCAUGAAAAUCCUUUAUUGCUUGUCACUUGAGCAGUGAAGUUGGCACUUGUACAUAACCUUUAUCCAGUACCAAUAUCUUAAUUCAAACUAUAAGGGAAUAGUAAUGAUAAAUUUGUAGAAGAAAUUGACAGGACAAACGUGAAUUAAUCUGCAAUAGGUUUAAAGGUAGCCAUUCUAAAAAUUGUUAUUUACAGUGUACUUUUUUGCUUAUGAUAAAAGGCUGGUUUUUUGAAAAUAUGCUUUUAAGAUUAUGAUUAGUAUAUUCUGAAGGAGGAUCUCAUAUUCCAACUAUGAAUUUAGAAGCUUGUUCUUUCUUUGCAUGGAAUUGAGGGUUUCUGAAAACACUUUACAAGAACAUAUUUUCUGGUAAUUUAUGGAUUUGUUGCACCAGUUGCAAUUCUAAUGUCCUGCUCACAUUUUUAACAAACCUUCAACUAUAACAUUAUCCAGCAUCCGGAUGUUAGGAUAUCACUUCUGAAUGAUACAUUGUGGAAAACUUAUUUAAAUGCUUUGGUCUGAUACUUAGCUUUUAAUUUAAAAUUUAGUUUAUAACAAUUUGUUGUAUUGCCCCCAAUUUUUAAUGUGUGAAUCCUACUUAAGAUUUCUAACAUUUUUUUUCUAAGAGAAGUUUUUCUCCAUUAAUUCUUAAAGCCUGCCAAGUAAGUCAACUUUGUAUAAGGAUUACAAUUCUCUGUGUAUUGGUGUUCAUCUAAUACUUGCAAAUAAUUAUUAUUCACAAAUGCCAAGUGUCUGCGUUCUGUCAUCAAGGCUAUGACAGCCAUCCUGCCUCUGGGCAACCACUCCCUGCAGGGACCAAUUUAAUGAUCAUUGUUAUCUCUGGCCAUUUUUCUGUCUUCCACUUUUCUCAGAAACAAAAGCAGGUGGUAGGGUCUAAAUUUUUGAUGCUGUACUUGAAAGCAAUUUAUUCAAUAAAGACUGAAUCCAAAGUUAAAAGGUCAUCUGGUUCAUGAAAAGAAUGAUUGAGGCAUUAACUUCAGUUUCAAACUGGAUUCCAAGGAAAAGUUAAAAGACACUGAGUUCAACACAUUUUCACUACUGUACCUUAAGAGAAUGGAAUACAGGUAUCCCCCACUUUACAAAUGUUCACUUUACGCCACUUCGCUUUUACAAGACCUACAUUAAUAACCUGUUUUCGCAUUACAAGGAGGAUUUUCACUUUUACGAAAAUUUUUCCCAUAUAAAUUAAUGGUUCUUCGCUACGCCAUUUCAGCUUAAGGAAGGUUUCAUAGGAACACUACAUUUGUAAGGGGGGGUGGGGCACCUGUAUUUAAAUACUGUAAACUGAAUAGAACAUGGACUUAGAUCAGAGACCUAAGCUUUUUUAUCUGUUCACUCUUAGUAACUAAGGGAUGAACUUAGAGAUUUUGCAUGCUGUAAAACUCAAAAAAAUGUGAAACAAAUUUGAAAGUGCACAAGAUAGGAAACUUGAGGUGCUUCAGAACAAUAUGGAAAAAUUACCUAUACUGUACCUGAAACAUUAAAAUAAUUGCUCAUGGUUAUUUUGGUAACAUUUUCUGUUCUCUGUCACUGAAAAUCAUUUGAAAAUUUUGUUUUGCUUCAAGCUUAUUGUGACCAUGGCAGAUGAGGGGCAUGGGGUAUAGGGACAUGCACCCUUGAGACUUGUUUGAUUUUUCAAGGUCUGAUUGAUGACGGGCAGGGUUGAUCUUUUUAUUUUUGUACUUGUUUCUGCACUGAAAUUUGCCAAAUACAAAAUGUCAGACUGCUGUUUUUUUUAAAGAAUAACUAAAGAAAAUGAAGUAAUUUCCUUUUUAAAUAAAUCAGCAGCAAGUUUAGCAUUGACAUGUUGCUUUGUUUAUUGUUUUAUUAACAUUUUUGCUUUGGAGAAAUGGCUUGGAGGAGUUAUUGAAUCAAAGUAUACAAGUGUUGAGCUGAAUGCAUCAUCAAACAUUUAAGGGCUUAAUUCAUGCCCUGUUAGUACUGUUAAUUUCAGCUUUUCGGUGACUUUAACUCCUACUGAUUAUUAUAUCCAAUAUUACAACUCCUUAAGCAUAAACAUUUGAACAUUUAUAUAUAGAGUUUGUAACCUUCAUGAGUAAUUUUAUAGUUAAGGAGUGCUAGUGGCAAGACUCCAACUGCACCUCUUGAAGGGUUUUGAAUAUGUUUCCUAUUUUGUGUAAUGUAUUUCCCUAGUGAGCCUUGUGAUGUAUAUUAUGCAGUACAUACUUUGUUCUGAUUGUAUCAUUUCUCAGUGUUUUACUGCUGUACAAUAUGUACACGCUGUACAGUAUUCAUGUACAAAGUGAAAUAAAAAUAAAAGGAUUGCUCAAUGGGUGCUUUAACUCUAACACA